ACCAAAUCAAUCUCUCUCUCACAGCAAUGAGACUUGUUGAUGCAUCAUCGUUGAUUGACCCCUCUGCUGAAAAUUUGGCAUCUCCGGGACUGGCGGAACAAGCUCAACGGCCACCAUAUGCUGCCUCUCCCACGAGGUCGUUGUUCAAUCAUGGCGGUCUCACCUGCAACCCUGUUACGGAGUCGGAAAUGAGUGAAGAAGGUGAGACGACUAGUGUUGUCCAUCAUCUACAAAGAGAUUCCGAUAAUCACUCAGAGUCCGAUUUGCUGUUGGAUAUGGCGGGAGGAAUGAUACUGAGCCCCCCAAGGCCAGGGAUGAACUUUUCUGAUGAAGAAGCGUUGCUCCUUACGCCCGAUUUCCACAUCGAUAUGGGGGGAGGAAUGAUGAUGAGCAUGAGCCCCCCAAGGAAGAACUACUUUUCCCAGCCGAUCGGAAAUUUCGAUCCAUUUACAUUGUCGAAUUUUGGAGAUGAUAGUGAGGUUCAAGAGUUAGAGAAUAGGAAGGGAAUGAUGAUGAGGCCAAAUUGUAUAGAAGAAGUUGAUGCUGUCUUGGGGCAGAAGAAUCAAAGCCUUGGAAUUUGGGAAGCAGAAAACAUGGGAGGGACGGUGCAAACAAGUGAUGUUAAUAAUGUAGAUGAGAGGUUCCAAUUGGCGGGAGGAAUGAUGAACUAUUCAUUGCCGUCCGAUGAUUCCCUUCCCCUAGGAGGAAGUUUUGAGCCAUAUAUACUUUGGGAUGAUGGAGCGUAUAGAGUGGGUCAUGAGUUGCAUAAUAGGGAAAGAAUAAUGAGGAUGACGGUUUCAAGGAAUGCUGUGGAUUCUGAACUUUUCUCCCACAAGGAGUUUUGGUUGAAUAUUGCUUUACAGGCAAUGAACAAAGGAUUGCCUGUGGCGCAUACAGAUGUUAAUCUUUUCUGUAAAUUUAAGUAUACUAGCUUCAGUUUAAUUGAAGUUGAAGUAGGGAUCAGGGGAGCGUGGAUUGAACAAAAAUCAGUUACUACUCAUCCACCAAGAAGUGGUGAAUGUGGUGUGUACAGUAGGGCCUUGUUUGAAUUUUUGGAAAAGGAGUUUCGGGAUACUUCCAACAGUGUGCAACCAAACUUCAAAUUGGCGUCCCUAGAAAACCUUGACAGGCUUUUUGCAGAGUUAGAAAAGUUUGUCAACCUUGAGAGGCUUGUUGCAGAGUUAGAAAAGAUUGUCAACCUUGCUGGAGAGUUUAAAAAGAGUCAUACUGUUCGCAUUUUGCCAGCACUACUUGAAGCAGCAUGCACGAUGAUGCAACUGGACUCACCAUGUGAACCCCAUUUUCCCAAAUCCAGUGCUGCAACAAAUGAAGAAACAAAAAACAGUAGUUCACACAAAACCCACACUAUCAACAUGUGGAAGAAACAUCUAGGAAUUAUCCGCCAGAUUCUUCAACAACAGUUUGUUCGACAACUGAUUUGUAAGAGUAGCGAUGCUGCUGCUAAAACUCUUACAGUUAGCACAUCUACGUUCAAGCGAGCUCAUCGCGACUUUGGCAUCACUAGACGCUGUUUAGAAGAUGUUGGUACUGCCUCGGAAGAGAAUCAUACUGCUCACAUUUGGCCUGCUGCAGGGAGGGGAGGGAUGCUGCUGCAACAGGAGGACUCAUCUUCUGAACCCCACAUUCCUGAAUCCAGUCCAACAAAUGAAGAAAGAAAUAAUGUUGUUGUUGUGGAGUUAAAUAAUAGCAUUGAUGCCAAAGGUGGAAACGGCAGUUCAGAGAAAACCAACACUAUCAGCAGGUGGGAGAAAGAUCAUGGAAUUACCCGCCAGGUUCUUCAACAACUGUUUGGUAAGAGUCGCGAUGAUGCUGCUAAAACUCUUAAAGUUAGCACAUCUACAUUCAAGCGAGCAUGUCGGAACUUUGGCAUCAAUAGAUGGCCAAAUCACAAGGGAAAAAUGCCCAAUUGCUCUCUAAACCAAAAACAAGAUGUACAAGUCGUUAAGAGACAUAAAGGAAUUCAACCAUGUCCUGCUCUGCCUCCUGAAGAAGCCACAACAACUACACUCCAAGGUAAUAGCGCCAUGUCCGUAAAGGCAACCUAUGAAGAUAAUACCAUAAGGUUUCCGCUCCCAUCCUCCUCAACUUUGAAAUAUUUGGAGGAGCAAUUGGAGACAAGGUUCAAAAUAUCUCUAGAAAAUUUUUCUAUCAUAUAUCAAGAUGAAGAAGAUGACUGGAUUUCACUAACGUGUGAUUCGGAUUUGAUGUAUGGUAUGAAUGUGUUGAGAUCAUCUGGCAAGACUGUAAUCAAAAUGAAGAUCAAGCCAAAGUUUGGCUGAUCCGUGGAUGGUUACAAGACUUCAUUUUUCUCCUUUCAUUCUCCCCAGGCCAUCUACUAGAUAGCAUUUCUUCCUUUUUGGUGUUCACUUUUCUUGGUUUGUUUUGUAACUUGUAUGCCGUUUUCUUCCCCUUAUACUUUUUGUAAUAUGAUGUGUACACUAUAACAUACUCUCGGCAAUGGUUGCUUAUUUUACUAUACUAUACUACUUUGCACUUA